UACCAUAAUACCAUACUUGCGAAAUUCAAAUACAUUCGUCCGAGGGAUGGAGCAGCUGAAGGGUGAAUCGGCAGUGAAAUCGGAAGUUCCGAUCAAGGAUCCCAAACCGGUGGAUCAGGGGCCGAAAGGAGCAGAGGAUGCGAGUUCUGUGAUAGUAAUAUCGGAUCGAAUCGAGACGAAUGGCGAUCAAACGCCGGCUCGAUCGGCGUCCGGAUCGGGUAAAUCGGUCCAUUGGAACCCAGAGUUGGUUUCUGCUGAAUCGCCGGCACCGGAUCAGAAGGACUUAUCGUCUUCUUCCGCCGCGGGUUCUAAUCCGUACGUCGCUCGUGCUCCGGCUGAAAAUUCGGAUGCGUCAUUGAAAGAAACAGUGGAGUCUGUGAAAGAUGUGAUUGGGAGAUGGGGAAGGAAAGUAGGAGAAGCCGCGAUGAAGGCGGAGAGCCUUGCCGGGAACACGUGGCAGCACCUGAAAACUGCACCGAGUUUUGCGGAUGCUGCAAUGGGAAGAAUUGCACAGAGUACAAAGUUGCUAGCAGAAGGAGGCUAUGAGAAAAUUUUCAGGCAGACCUUUGAAACAGCUGCAGAGGAGCAGCUGCUUAAUUCCUAUGCAUGCUACUUGUCAACAUCAGCUGGUCCAGUCAUGGGCGUUCUUUACAUAUCCAAUGCCAAACUUGCCUACUGUAGCGAUAACCCUCUCUCGUAUAAAGCUUCUGAUCAAACAGAAUGGAGCUAUUAUAAGGUAAUUAUCCCAUUACAUCAGUUUAAAUCGGUUAACCCUUCGGCAAGCACAGUCAAUCCCGCAGAAAAGUACAUCCAGAUUAUCACGGUCGAUGACCAUGAGUUUUGGUUCAUGGGUUUCUUAAACUACGAAGGUGCUGUUACAUCUCUGCAAGAUACGUUGCAAGCCGGUGCCUUACAGUCAGUGUGAUAUACCCUGGUGUGAACACACAAUAGCAUUUUUGUUGCAAACUAAAUGGUUUGAUUCCCAUUUUUCACUAGUUACCAUGUCUUAAUACACCCGGUAGCAUUCCUUUGCUAAAUAUACUCUAAAUCAUAUCAUUGCUAAUAGAAAAAAGC